UGGCGCUGCCGCCAAUCGGCGCGGUGGGGCGGGCUCGGCCAUAGUGGCAAUAAAAAGAAGGGGCAGCGGUGCCGCCGCCGGCUGAGCCGCGCCGUGGUUUUUGUUUGUUGCUCCGGUGUCGAUCGAGAUUCGUCAACAUGAACGUGUGUCUGACCAUCCUGUCCCUGUGCUUGGGGCUGGCCUUUGCUGCACCGAGACUAGAUCCCGAUUUGGACAGCCACUGGCAGCUGUGGAAGUCCUGGCACAGUAAAGAUUAUCAUGAGAGAGAGGAAAGCUGGAGGAGAGUGGUAUGGGAAAAGAAUCUGAAAAUGAUUGAACUGCAUAACCUGGAUCACUCAUUGGGAAAACACAGUUAUAAGUUGGGGAUGAAUCAGUUUGGUGACAUGACGACGGAGGAGUUCAGACAGCUGAUGAAUGGCUAUAUACACAAGAAGUCAGAAAGGAAGUACAGAGGAUCCCAGUUUCUUGAGCCCAGUUUCCUUGAAGCACCACGAUCUGUAGAUUGGAGAGAGAAGGGAUAUGUAACUCCAGUUAAAGAUCAGGGUCAGUGUGGCUCUUGCUGGGCUUUCAGCACAACAGGAGCUCUUGAAGGCCAACACUUCAGAAAAACUGGAAAACUUGUUUCACUCAGUGAACAGAAUCUUGUGGACUGCUCCCGACCAGAAGGAAAUCAAGGCUGCAAUGGUGGUCUCAUGGACCAGGCUUUCCAGUACGUACAAGAUAAUGGGGGAAUUGAUUCAGAGGAAUCCUACCCAUACACUGCAAAGGAUGAUGAAGACUGUCGCUACAAGGCAGAGUACAAUGCUGCUAAUGAUACUGGCUUUGUUGACAUCCCUCAAGGACAUGAAAGAGCUCUCAUGAAAGCAGUAGCAGCUGUGGGUCCAGUAUCUGUUGCUAUUGAUGCUGGACACUCUUCAUUCCAGUUUUAUCAGUCAGGUAUCUACUAUGAACCAGACUGUAGCAGUGAAGACUUGGACCAUGGUGUUCUGGUUGUAGGUUAUGGUUUUGAAGGUGAAGAUGUAGAUGGAAAGAAAUACUGGAUUGUUAAGAACAGCUGGGGUGAGAAGUGGGGUGACAAAGGAUAUAUCUACAUGGCCAAAGACAGGAAGAACCACUGUGGAAUCGCAACAGCUGCUAGUUAUCCACUUGUAUAAUUUGAAGACUGGACAUUUCAGUGCAAAAGGGGAUAACAAACUGAAUGACCAAACAGUCACACAGGUGGUAGACUUGUAUUCUUCAAAAGUCAACUUGAUUUUUUUUUUUUUAAGACUCUCGAAGUCUGUUUUACAUGUUGGUGACAUGCCACUUAUUUUAAAUUAAUGUAAAUGUUGGUAUGUAAACAGCUUGUAAUAUUGCUGGCUUUUAACUGCUUAAUCUAAUAGAUUCUUCUAUGUAUUUUUUCCUUUUUUAAUUAGAAAUAGGCCCAAAGGUUUACUUUUUAAAUAAACACUUAAUUUAGUGUGUACA